GCACAGUGCUCGGUGUUUUUGUAUAUGCUCUACUUUCUGAAUCUAACUCCUCGAACAUUACUACUGAUCGCCGUUCUCAUUGCAUUCCUUUGGGCUGCUCGUGGCUAUCCCAAGUGGCGCAAGAAUCGCUUGGCGGUCAAAGUGACGCCGGAAAAGCCAGCUGACGCCAGUGAAAAUAGCGAUACGACGAACAACCUUUCGAGUCUAUUGAACCUCAAGUCCAUACCAGUCCUUCCGUUAGCUGCUGUAUACAUUAUUCUUCGAGCAGCAUGGGAUCUAUUUUGCUUGACAGUGUAUUAUUCGCUACUUGCCUGCGAAAAGCUAGGCGUCCGCUUGGACUCCGCACUGUUCCACUUUGUCACUGUUCGGCUGCCUGUGAUGAUAGAAAACAUAGGGCACUGGUGGACUACAACUGGCAUACAUAUCUGUCGAAAAGCAUGGCAGUAUACUACAACAAACAUUAUACCACGGACGAUCAAAGGCAUCGAUCAACUGGCUUGGCGACUGUCAGUAACGUGGACGGCGCUUGGUGAAUGGAUCUCAGCUAUAUCCAUUCAUCUACAGCAGGCUUUCAUAACAACCAAACAAAUAGCUGUGGCCACGUUCCAUGCUAUAGAAGCGCCAAUUGUGUGGAUUGCCUGGAGAAUAUCAAGACUAGCUUCUUUGAUCUCUAAUGGAGCGAUAAGAAUAUCCAAAGCAUUAUGGCAAGAUAUUCGCGCCGUCAGCCAGGUGGUCUCCAAAAUCUUGUUAUCGUUUUGGAAUUCCAUCGGAUACCCUGUAACCGUCUUUAUUGUAGACAAGGCAGAGAUCAUGUACAGAGCACUUUCGACGGUUGGCAUCAAGAUGUGGAAUAUCGUAGCGACGAGGCUUGUCCUGCCGCUCUAUAGACUUAUUCGCCCACCAGUAGCUUGGAUUUAUGUCAAGAUAUUCAACUUUCUAUUGUCGGAAGAGGUACAAAAAGCCCUUAAGACAUACUGGAAGAAAACGGUGUCUAUGGUAUCCUACGCAGCGAGAGAUGUUGGUGUGUUGAUUCAGUCUAUAUUCAAGGCUAUCAACUGGCUGAUUAUGAAUAUGGUCAUUCCAUUCUAUCGAACGCUUCGAUAUCAGCUCUUACCCAACCUUUCUGCGCUAUAUAUUCGACUCCAAACCGCUUUCUGGAAUAUCCUCAGCCCUAUAUUAUCUCUCCUGUCACCUCUAUUGGCUCCUGUCAUUCGGGCAUGCUCAAUGCUAUACGACAAGUUUUUGUAUCCUGCUAUUUGCCAAGCAUAUAGUGGCAUGAUCAACCUAGGCAUCAAAAUCAUCAACCGAAUUAGGUUCCAGCACAAUUUGUACCGUCUUUGUCAAGCACUGUAUUCCCAUGCGUCUACUGCGGCGAUGUUUCUCUAUGAGCAUUGCGCAGCAGCGUAUCAAGUAUGCUCAGAAUUUUUCUGGCAGCAUGCACCUGCCAUAUCGAAUGUCUUGGCUAAAUUAAGUGAUCAAAUAAUCAAAGCGGCAGUAGUGGCGUGGGCAGAGGCCCAAACGAUUGGCUCGCAGAUCUCAAGCAGUGUCAGUGUCCAAGCUGAGGCGGUGGCACAGUCAUUAGAACGCGUUGUGGGCACAUGGAUUGACGCUCAAACCGACGAGUCAAUAGGAGCCAGUAAACUGAAAACCCAAUAGCACCAACGUGCAUCCAUCCAUGUUGUAAAUCUAAAAACAUCAAGACCCAGUCAUCGAAAUGUCAUCAUUGUACAUAAGUAAUUCCUAUAAUAUAUUGUUUAUAAACAAAAGAGAAAAAGGAGUAUUGCGUCCACAAUAAGUACAACAUUCUUUCUGCGGACAAAAAGAACGUAAUUCGAAAAAUAAAAUAAAAA